UCAAGGUGCUGUUGUGCUAUGUCGCCAUAAGUCGACAUAAUUUGACAGAAGUCUUCUUGUUCACAUAAACUCUGCUUGACAGGCAGUCUAUGAAGUAAACGAUGUGGACAAGGUGGGAAAGAAGAUAACAAUUAAGGAGUGAGUCAAGGAGUAAGGACCAAAGGGGGCAGAAAUCUAUCAGGAUUCUUCAUCAGGACAGCUGCAAUGUGUGCAUUGUUUAUCUACAUUGAUGAGUGAAGAGUGUAAAGCGUUAACUGAAGCCAUCAUGGCUGAUCAAGGUGAAAUGAAGAAUGAAGAGAGGCUGCCACCCAGCAUAAAGCAACGCCAUCUCAGCGUGGAAAAUGUGGAAGAUGGGGGUGAUGAAGUGAAGAAAGACCAAUCGACAAGCUCUACAAACAAACCUGGAAGACCAUGCAAGCCUUAUCCAUUUUGUAGGUACCAUGAUUCAUAUAGGUAUAUUAUAAACAACGUAAUUGAUACUACAGAAUCAGGUACCUUAGACAUGAUUGAACCCUGCCAUGAGUUUAAAGCGUAUACCAGUGUAACAGAUAAAAAUACAGAGAGCAAUCUCAUUGAUGAGGUUAUUCGCUUUGGAGCUGCCUGUAUGAAUAGCCGCACCAAUGGCACAAUACAUUUUGGAAUAGGGGACAAGCACAGUGAGUUAAUCCAUGGUCAGGUGUUGGGAGUAGUUAUUAAGGAUAAAGAGGAUUUAGCAAAAAAAUUAAAAUCUGCCAUUGAUGGUUAUUUUUUUGACAAAGACAAACAGAGUGCUCACAGGUGCAUCAAACCUCCUCGAUUUGUUGGGGUUCUCAAUAGGAAUAGGACAUCAUCUGACAAAUGUGUGAUAGAAGUGGACAUUGUUCCUGACUCUACAAUCUGUAAAGAAAACAAUUACCACACUUCAAAGUUGUACACAAAAAAAGCCAGGAAAAAGGCUAAACAGAACACAACAGCUGAAACUGAACCAGACCAAUCAAAACAAUUCUAUAUCCGUGACUAUAGUGGCACCAGGAAUCUCCUCACAGAAAGAUCUAUGAAGGAGUACAAGAAGUUUAUUCACGAUGUGAAACAACGAUCACAACUUAGAAAAGAAGCAGAAGAGAAGAGCCUUGCUGUUACUGAGAGGAAUUAUCAAGGCAGUACACUAAGUGAGAUGAUAACUGGUGGAUCCCUCUCUUUAGAAAAGUCACAAUUUGAGCAGUAUGUGAUAGUGACUAACAAAGCAUAUUCAAGCCAAUUUGAAUCUUUUGGAUUUUUUAAAAGAACUCAACCCAAAGGUAGUUUUGGACUUUGA